AUGCUGACCUUCUCUCCAUUCCCGCCCGCUGUUUCCACAAUCACCAUGUCUCUCUCCACCGUAUCCAUUCCCUUCUCUCACCUCCAGGAUAACAACUACGAUUUGUCCUUGAAGAUCGAGCAAGGGUUUGGACCUACUGGUUUGGGGAUUCUCUCUGUCACUGAUGUCCCAGGAUACUCUUCCUUGCGCACAAAUCUUUUGCAUCUCGCACCAAGAUUGGCAAGUCUUCCUAAACAAGUCAAGGAUGAUCUUCAAGAUCCUGACAGCAGAUAUAAUUUUGGUUGGAGUCACGGCAAAGAAAAACUUGAAUCUGGCAAGCUUGAUUUAUUAAAAGGAUCUUUCUAUGCCAAUCCCAUACUUGAUACGCCUACAACAGAUAAAUCUUUGAUACAACGAUACCCAUCAUAUUGCGGAUCAAAUGUAUGGCCCAGAAGCACAUUACCAGAACUUGAGUUGGCUUUCAAAGCACUUGGGAAGCUGAUAUUUGAUGUUGGAUUGAUGGUGGCAUAUCACUGCGAUCAAUAUGUAUCCAAAGGAAUAAAAGUUCAUAAGGAUGAAGGUCUGGAAUCAAUACUUAAACGCUCCCGCUGUCACAAAGGACGUUUGCUAUAUUAUUUUCCUGCACAACAGGGAAUCCCAGUUGACAACUCCAUGUCUUCUUGGUGUGGAUGGCAUACAGACAAUGGUUCACUGACAGGCCUGACUUGUGCUAUAUUUACAAGAGAUGGUGAAGAAAUACCUUGUCCUGAUAGUGCCUCUGGCCUCUAUAUUCGAACAAGAAAUGAUCAAAUUGUCAAGGUUGUUUAUGGAGUAGAUGAUAUAGCUUACCAAAUUGGUGAAACUGCCGAAAUACUUUCUGGAGGUAUUCUUCGUGCCACACCUCAUUGUGUUCAGGCUCCAAAAGGGAAGGAGUCUUCUGGUGUUGAACGUUCAACAUUUGCGUUAUUCAUGCAACCUGACUGGGACGAAAAACUAAGUUUUCCUGAGGAAGUUCACAUUCAUAAAGAGCUUAUACCAUCAAAUGCUUCCCUUACUUACGGAGAGUAUUCAGAGAUGGUGCUUGGCAAAUAUUACGACAAAAAAUAG